AUGGACAAUGUCCGAUCGGUGGCAACCACACUAUUCAAACAAAGGCAGAGUAUCGAUUCGGUAUUGGGGUUGAAAAAUCGCGGUCGUAUAAACCAAAACCGAUCAAUGUUGUCCCUUUCGGAUGUACAAUCCAAGAGUCCUGGCAGAAUCGAUCUUGGAGAACUCGACGAUCAUGACGACCACAAUAGACAAGAAGCUCAAAAACUUGUGUCGGACAUGACGGAGUUUGGAUUAAGGACUAGAAGAAGAAAAGAGUGUAGAAUCAGUCCGCCAGUACCCCCUCGACCUUUGAAACCCUUGUUCCAUCGGACAUUACUUGAAGAAGAACAAUACUCCGUGAAAAGGUUGGGAGAUGUCGACAAGGACAAAAGAGGUAAUGCAUUCUCACGAAUACAACCCGACGGUUGGCUCAAAGUCCUACCCAAGAAGUGGGUCGAGGAUGAAUUCAGCAGCAGCAGCAGCAGUGACGACGACGACGACGACAAUGUUAUUGUUCGAGGGGGCAUUGACCGCCAGCGAAUGGCAAGUCAGAGUCAGAGUCAGAGUACAUACAGCCAAGACGAAAUACCAUCAAACCUCAACGCGGGUAAUGAUGAACUCUUGGUAUCAGCAACCGCGCAAAAGUGCGAGGUCUGUAGGUGUCGCCUACAGAACGAUGACUCCGACUACGAUGAUGAAAACCAUGCCGACAACAAUUUCGAUAAUAAUGAUGUAGUGGUAGGAGUGGUGGAACAAGAUCUACUACGUCCGGCACCACUGCGUCUACGUCUACGACAACGACAAGGAAGUCCUGGGAGUGAUGUAGCAUUCGAGGACCACCGUGUGGUCAAAGAACAGAAUGAAGGAGGACUCGAAGAUCAUGACUUUACGAGUUUUGCGACGUCUCACAUUUUAUCCUCAAGGGCAAACUUAUCAUGUACCCCUGAACGCGGCAGAGUGGACAAUCGAUCCGAGAGGGACGAGGACUCUGUUUUGGAUGAUGACAUUGACGAACUACUCGAUCUGUACCUGUACUCGUGUGAGGGAGAGAGUCACACCUGCGGACAAACAAGGCGUAGCAUGAAUGGAGAGCGACCAUCCAAGGCCUCCGGACUCGGAUCAAAUGUCGAUGAACAAAUACCCACAAUGCAAAGUCCAAGAUGUAACAAAGGCUUACUUAACAGUACUCGUUCCCCAACGGCGGUGGUUACAUUCCUGGACGAGGAAGGGCAGACGUGGAUAUAA